CAUCCCUUUUUAGAUAAUUAGUAGCGAUAGAUAAUAAAUACAAAGCGUCGCCAUUAAAAGUGUACAUGACGCAGGCGCAGGAGAUCGAUAAGAAGAGUAUAAACAAAAAUGGCGGCCAAGAAGUACACGACGGAAGAUUUAGAAGCACACAUACAGGAAAUUCAAAACAGGAAAGCCGGCUUGAAGAAUGGCUCACUUCCUCAGCCCAGCGGCGGCGGCGGCGGCGGCGGUGGUGGUGGUGGUGGCGGCGAGGGAGGCAUCACCAAGGAGGGGGAGAGGGUCAGGCUGGACGGGGGCGGCUACUUCGACAGCGACAUUUACGACAACUCCAACGGCAACAAAUACGCCAACUAUGUCGAGUCCAUUGGGGUGGAUGACCUCGAUGAGGAGGAGGAUGACGGAGGGACAACAAUAGGAGGAAAGAAAGGAGGAAACUACACAGCACCUCAGUUGUUCCUCAAUGAAAUGGUUGACAAGGACCACGACCCCAUGGCCCAGUACAAGCGGCCCACCAUCGCGGACCGAGAGGACGAAUACAGAGCCCGUAGAAUCAUGCAGGUCAUUUCCCCGGAGAGACUCGACCCCUUUGCUGACGGAGGAAAGACUCCAGACAUGAACGCUCGGACCUACGCCCACAUCAUGCAGGAGGCACGGCUCAAGGGGGAGGAGGCUCUGAUCCGUAAGACCAUGGCGGAGCGGUCCAAGGAGGGCACACUGCAGGUGGUGUCUAACGGUGAGGCAGCCAAGGUGGCCCCCAGGAAGCGUGGCCGUUGGGACCAGACAGCUGAUGACACGCCUCAGGCCAAGAAAAAGUCCACCUGGGAGGCGGAGACGCCCUCUGUGGCCCGCUGGGAUGAGACCCCCGGCAGGGCCAAGGGAGGCGAGACCCCCGGGGCCACCCCCGGCCAGAGCACCCGCAUGUGGGAUGCCACACCGGGCCACGCCACACCCGGCCACGAGACACCCGGCCACGACAAAAUGACGCCCUCGGCCCGCCGCAACAGGUGGGACGAGACGCCCAAGACAGACCGUGGCGAGACACCCGGCCACAACAGCGGGUGGGCUGAGACACCACGCACCGACCGGGGCGCCGGGGACCCCAUCCAGGAGACCCCCACCCCAAGCGCCAGCAAGCGACGGUCACGCUGGGACGAGACCCCUGCCGCCCAGACCCCUGUGGCUACCCCCUCCGGCGCCAUGACGCCCUCCACCCCCCACACACCCAGCAUGACCCCUGGCAUGAUGACUCCUGGGGGCAUCACACCAGGCGGCACUACCCCAGUGGGCCCCAAGGCCAUCGGCAUGGCCACGCCGCCGGGCCAGCUGGUCAACAUGACGCCGGAGCAGAUCCAUGCCUUCCGCUGGGAGCGCGAGAUCGAUGAGCGGAACCGCCCCAUGACAGAUGAGGAGCUGGAUGCGCUCUUCCCUCCCGGGUAUGAGAUCCUGCCACCCCCACAGGGCUACGUGCCCAUCCGCACCCCGGCCCGCAAGCUGACAGCCACGCCCACCCCCAUGGCCGGCACGCCCCAGGGAUUCUACAUGCAGAAGGAGGGCAGCACGCCGCGCCACGACGACUCCCAGCCCAAGGGCAACCUGCCGCUGCUCAAGCCGGAGGACGCACAGUACUUCGACAAGUUGCUGCAGGACGUGGACGAGGAGAGCCUCAGCCCAGAGGAGCAGAAGGAGCGUAAGAUCAUGAAGCUGCUGCUCAAGAUCAAGAACGGCACGCCACCCAUGCGUAAGGCAGCACUAAGGCAGAUCACGGACAAGGCGCGGGAGUUCGGAGCAGGGCCGCUCUUCAACCAGAUCCUGCCGCUGCUUAUGUCGCCCACACUGGAGGACCAGGAGCGCCAUCUGCUGGUGAAGGUCAUUGACCGCGUGCUGUACAAGCUGGACGACCUGGUGCGCCCUUAUGUCCACAAGAUCCUGGUGGUGAUUGAGCCGCUGCUCAUCGAUGAGGACUACUAUGCCCGUGUGGAGGGCAGGGAGAUCAUCAGCAACCUGGCCAAGGCCGCCGGCCUGGCCACCAUGAUCUCCACCAUGAGGCCCGACAUAGACAACAUCGACGAGUACGUGCGUAACACAACGGCCAGGGCCUUCGCCGUGGUGGCCUCCGCCCUGGGCAUUCCCUCCCUCCUGCCCUUCCUCAAGGCGGUGUGCAAGAGCAAGAAGUCGUGGCAGGCGCGGCACACGGGCAUCAAAAUUGUGCAGCAGAUUGCCAUCCUGAUGGGCUGCGCCAUCCUGCCCCACCUGCGCUCCCUGGUGGAGAUUAUCGAGCACGGCCUGGUGGACGAGCAGCAGAAGGUGCGCACCAUCACCGCCUUGGCCCUGGCUGCCCUGGCCGAGGCUGCCACGCCCUACGGUAUUGAGAGCUUUGACUCUGUGCUGAAGCUGUGGCGUGGCAUCCGGCAGCACCGCGGCAAGGGUCUGGCGGCUUUCCUCAAGGCCAUCGGGUACCUCAUCCCACUGAUGGACGGAGAGUACGCCGACUACUACACCAGGGAGGUGAUGCUCAUCCUCAUCAGAGAGUUCCAGAGUCCCGACGAGGAGAUGAAGAAGAUUGUGCUGAAGGUGGUGAAGCAGUGCUGCGCCACGGACGGCGUGGAGCCCGGCUACAUCAAGGAGGAGAUCCUGCCACACUUCUUCAAGCACUUCUGGAACCACCGCAUGGCCCUGGACCGCCGCAACUACCGCCAGCUGGUGGACACCACCGUGGAGAUCGCCAACAAGGUGGGCACCUCCGAGAUCGUGAACCGCAUCGUGGACGACCUGAAGGACGAGAACGAGCAGUACCGCAAGAUGGUGAUGGAGACCAUCGAGAAGAUCAUGGCCAACCUUGGCGCAGCAGACAUCGACUCCCGCCUGGAGGAGCAGCUCAUUGACGGCAUCCUCUACGCCUUCCAGGAGCAGACCACGGAGGACGUGGUGAUGCUGAACGGCUUCGGCACCAUCGUCAACGCCCUGGGCUCCCGCGUCAAGGCCUACCUGCCCCAGAUCUGCGGCACCAUCCUGUGGCGCCUCAACAACAAGUCGGCCAAGGUGCGGCAGCAGGCGGCGGACCUCAUCUCCCGUAUUGCCGUGGUGAUGAAGACCUGCCAGGAGGAGAAGCUGAUGGGCCACUUGGGCGUGGUGCUGUACGAGUACCUGGGGGAGGAGUACCCCGAGGUGCUGGGCUCCAUCCUGGGGGCACUCAAGGGCAUCGUCAACGUGAUCGGCAUGCACAAGAUGAACCCGCCCAUCAAGGAUCUGCUACCGCGCCUCACCCCAAUCCUCAAGAACAGACACGAGAAGGUCCAGGAAAACUGCAUCGACCUGGUGGGCCGCAUCGCAGACCGUGGCCCAGAGUAUGUCAGCCCCAGGGAGUGGAUGCGAAUCUGCUUUGAGCUGCUGGAGCUGCUCAAGGCACACAAGAAGGCCAUCCGGCGCGCCACCGUCAACACCUUCGGCUACAUCGCAGCCAUCGGCCCCCACGACGUGCUGGCCACGCUGCUCAACAACCUGAAGGUGCAGGAGCGGCAGAACAGAGUGUGCACCACGGUGGCCAUCGCCAUCGUGGCGGAGACCUGCUCGCCCUUCACGGUGCUGCCGGGCCUCAUGAACGAGUACCGCGUGCCGGAGCUCAACGUGCAGAACGGCGUGCUCAAGUCACUCUCCUUCCUCUUUGAGUACAUCGGGGAGAUGGGCAAGGACUACAUCUAUGCUGUCACCUCCCUGCUGGAGGACGCCCUCAUGGACCGCGACCUGGUCCACCGUCAGACUGCCUGCGCCGCCAUCAAGCACAUGGCCAUCGGCGUGUAUGGCUUCGGCUGCGAGGACGCCAUGAUCCACCUCCUCAACUAUGUCUGGCCCAACAUCUUUGAGACCUCACCCCACCUGGUGCAGGCCUUCAUGGACAGCAUCGAGGGACUCAGGGUUGCCCUCGGACCACAGAAGAUCCUACAGUACGUCCUGCAGGGCCUGUUCCACCCCGCCAGGAAAGUGCGUGACGUGUACUGGAAGAUCUACAACAACCUGUACAUUGGAGCUCAGGACGCACUGGUGGCCGGCUACCCUCGCAUCAACAACACUGGAACCAACGUGUACAGCAGAGACGAGCUGGACAUGUUACUCUAAGCUAACCGUGGAGGGGAGAAAGGAGAGAGGACUUGCUGUGGGGUGACUAGAAGAGGUUGGCUGUGUCUGGGGAGGCUCUAAAUUGGGGAGCAACUUCUGUGUGGUUUAAAAAGCGGGAAAAAGAUUUGCAUGAAGUUCUGAAAGGAAGGAAUAUUGUCUAAGAGGUUUAAAAGAAAGAAGAAAGAUAUGAGAAGGUUCUGAAGUGUAAAGAUUUGCUUGAUGUGGUUCUAUAAACAUGGAAUCUUAUCUAGGAGGUUUAAGAAUGGAGAAGGAAGGUUUGUGGAGGUUCUUAAAGGGAGGAAUCUUUAUUUAGGUUUUAAAAGAAGGAUUGAGGAGGUUCUGAAAAAAGUUCUGAAGGGAAGAAUCUUGUCUAGUUCUGAAGGGGGAAAAAUAUUAGUCAGAAGAGGUUCUCAAUUGAAGGAAUCUCAUCUAGGAAGUUGAAAAGUAAGAAGGAACAUUUGUGGAGAUUGUAAAGUGAAAUGUACUUGUGUGUUUGAGGUUUGAGUUCAUUGUGUGUGUUUGGAAAAGGUAAAAUACAGGAUGGUAUGUUUUGGAAGGACUUUGAUGUGUUUUGGGGUGUUUAUUAGCAUUUUUCAAGAGACAUGUACCUUCAGAGUGUUUGGAAAAGUAUGAUAUGGUAUGUUUUGAAAGGACUUUGAUGUGUUUUAGGUGUUUGUUCAUGUUUUUUUUUAGAGAAAUGUAGCUUUCAGAGUGUAUGGAAAGAGAAUGGUGUGUGUCUGGGGUGUAUUGGAAGGAAAGGCAGUCUAAUUUUCGGUGUUUGGAAAGAAAAAAAAAAAAGUGAAGGAAUGGCGUGUUUAGAAGUGUUUGGAAUGUAGACAAGUGUUUUGUAGCAUUUUGAAAAGAGGGUAGAAGAUUUGAAAGCAUAAUGUUGUGUUUUGAAGUGGUUAGGAGGAAGAAAUGUGUGUUUAGGACGUUCUUGGAGAGACCUUUGUGUUUUGGUGUGUGGGAGGGAAACGGACGCCUUGUGUUUUUAGAAGACGUACAAGAUUACAAGUGUUUAAAAAAAGGACAAGUGUUUCAUUUCAGUGUUUUAUGAAAGCAACGAGUCUUGUUUCAUUAAAAAGAGGAAUUUCUGAGUUGUAUUCCAGUGUUGUUAAGUUGAUUUGAGUUGUAUUAGAAUGCAUUGACGGACAGUGUUGCAAGAAAUUGUGCAAGAGUGGCGCUAUAUUGCAACAAAAACACUUAUUAGAGGAAACUGAGCUGAAAUAAACUCAAGAUGAAAAGAGGAAAAAGAGUGGAAGGAAACAAUUAGUAGAGGAAAUUGAACGAAAAUAAAAUAAAAAUAAAAUUAAUUGAAGAAACAGCAAAAGGAAACUAAAUUAUUGGAAGAAAGUGAAAGAAAAAUUUAUUAGAGGAAAUCGCUAAAAAGUAAAAAAAAUAAAUAAAUAAAUAAAAUCAAUAAAAACGAAAUUAGAAGGAAGUGAAAAGAAACAAAUUUAAUUAGAAAAAACUGAGCAAAAAAAGAAAAUAUUAGAAAAUGAAAGUAAAGAAAAAUAUUAAUAGGAAACCGAGCUAAAAAGAAAACGAAAUAAUUAAAAGAAAAUGAGAGGAAACAAAUUUAUUCAGAGAAAACUAAGCUAGAAAUAAAUAAAGGAAAAAAAAUAUAGAGAAACAAUAGAAAUAAACACAGUAAUGAAAAAAAAUCAAUAAAAAUAUACGCAAAAUAAAGAAAAAACAAAACAAAAUAGAAACUAAACAAAGACCAACAAAUUUGACCCCCCUUAGUGUUGCAAGAAUAAGUUUGACAAAAAACGCAACACAAAUUUCUAGAAGUGUGAGAGAUGGCAUUGAUUUGAGUUGCUGGUGUUAAUUGUGGGGUGUUGAGUUAAACGUGAGAGAAUGUUGCUUGUGUUUCCAUAUCGCAAUACAACCCCAUCUGAAACACUGCUCUCUCACAAUCACUGUUUUCCAAAGGUUCAAAUAAAGAUACUCGUGUUUUUAA